AUGUCAGCGUCUGGCACAGAUGGAGCACCUGGCACCUUGGACGUGGAUAUUUCAGGCCUCGAUGGGAAACAGUUUCAGCUGACGCUCCGCGAUGAUUUGCUGGGCUCUGAAGUCCUUGACCUGCUUGCCGCACGGCUGCCCCGACGGAGAGGAUGCACAUUGAAGAUGAUCUGGAAGGAUGAAGAGCUGGUUGAGAAACAAAUCCUCUCAGAACAAGGAUUGAAGAGGGGCACCACUGCCCAGAUCUCCUACAUCUAUGUCCGUGUGAAUUUGUGGGGUGCAAUCCUUCAUCUUUAUCACGGAGCUGGUGACCAAGAAGAUCUACGCGUGCUGCGCGAAGUGCAACACCUCCAUUUGAUUGGUUGGCGUCCUGCUAUUGAUGUCUGGCACUACUUCCCCUUCCUGAAGAAUCUUCGACACUUGACGAUUGGAAAUGACUUCAACGAGAGUUUGCUCGACAUCACUUUGCCAAACAGUUUGCAAAGCUUGACGUUUGGCGACAAAUUUGACCAAAGCCUUCGGGGAGUCAAACUGCCCGCCUUGAAGAAAUUGAUCUUCGGACGCUCGUUCAAUCAGAGCUUGCAGGGUGUAGAUUUUCCCGGUAGCCUCCAACAUGUGUCCUUCGGAAAACAUUUCAAUCAGCCGAUGGACGUCCACAAGCUCCCAAAGACUUUGCAGUCGCUGACCUUCAAGGAAUGGUUUAAACAACCUCUUGCAGGUGUCCUACUUCCGGAUCUACAGGAACUUCUGUUGAGUCGGCACUGUUUUGACACGGCGGUGUCCCUUGCUGACGUUCUUCCGCGAAGUCUCUUGCGGUUGAGAUUGGCAGAUUUCUUCAAUGGGGACCUGAGAGAAGUGAGACUUCCAAAUCUGCAAAAUUUAACCUUUGGAUACGCUUUCAAUAAGAGUCUCAAAGGAGUUGCGCUUCCGAGUACGCUGCAAACCUUGUCCUUUGGAGCUUUCUUCAACCAGAGCUUGGAAGGCGUCGACUUUCCAAGUGGUCUCCAAAACCUGACCUUUGGAUAUUAUUUCAACCAACCACUGGAUAUGGUGACGCUUCCAAGCCAUCUACAGAGCUUGGAGUUGGGCCUGGACUUCAACCAACCAUUGGAUCAGGUGUGUCUUCCGCAACUUGAAGAAUUGAUAUUUGGCAACUACUUCAACCAAAGCUUGAGGAUGGCAAAGCUUCCCAGCACUUUGCAGAGCUUAACCUUUGGUCGAAGUUUCAUCGAUUGCACUUCAGGUGUGAACCUUCAGAGCUUGCGCACCUUGAAGCUGAUUAAGACCUUUAACAAAAGCUUCAAUUCGCUGGAACUGCCCCAGUUGGAAAACUUGAGCUUUAGUGACAAUUUCAACCGAGAUUUAGACCUCGCCUGUUGUCCCAAGCUGAAAAGCUUGAGCUUCGGAAGCGCGUUCAAUCAAAGCAUGAAAGGGAUUCGGCUUCCGCAGAGCUUGGAGAGUCUGACGUUUGGAGGUGCUUUCAAUCAGAGUUUGGAAGGAGUGGAACUGCCCAGCAGCCUUCAAAGCUUGACGUUCGGAAUUGCGUUCAACCAACCAAUGGAGGGUAUAAACCUUCCCGUGGGCCUUCAAAGCUUGACAAUGGGAGAUUUAUUUCGGAGAAGCUUGCCAAGACUGCCAAAGAAUCUGCAACGUUUAGCUCUGAAAGACCAAGGUGAAAACAGGAAUCUGUCUUCUGCAGUGGCACACUUGACCAGCUUGGAGCAGAUAAGUCUAGGGCACGGCGCCAGUGCGACAGCGUCUUUGGUGGAUCUUCCAGGUAGCCUCGAGAGCAUGGAAAUGGCCCGGUUUCCAAGGGUGAAGAUUGCGAGCGCCGCAGCCAAACAGCUCAGCAACCUCUCAUCUUUGCGCUGUGACAGCAUACUGGUGGCUUUGGAGGACUCUGUGGAGUUGAAGUGCUUAGAGGACCUCACAGAGAAGCAAUUGAGGCAUUUGAAUCGGACAUAUUGGGAGACUUACAUCGCCAAGUAUCCAGUGGUGGGCCGACUUGAAGAUCCUCCUUACCAAGCUGCGGACUAUGAUCAGUUUGCAGGUCCCUUUGCUGAGGUGCAGUAUACAAGGCCGCGAAAAGCUGCACCGGCGAAAAGCCAGGAGUCGAUCCGGGAGUCCAGAUGUCCUGUGACCCGUGCAGCAUGGGCUGUGGGAAAUGCACUGGUGAAGUUGCUUCCGCGACAACUUCUUCCAAACUGA